GAUGGCUUAGUUUUGAGGAUAAUUUAUUGAGAAAAAUAUAAGUGGGAGUGUGGCAGGCUAGGGUUGUCCAGUUAGAAAAAUGGGGGGAGGAGGUGUGGUGGUAGUUUUGGACUUCGAUCGAACAAUAAUCGACGAUGACAGUGACAGAUGGAUUGUGGCUGAACUGGGUCUGACUGAGCUAUUCAAGGAGCUUCGUCACAGCAUGCCUUGGAUCUCUCUCAUGGACAGGAUCAUGGCCCAACUCCACUCCAACGGCGUCACCGUCGACCACAUUGCUGACUGCCUCAAAAGGCUCCCCUUCCCUCCUCCCAUCGUUUCAGCCAUCAAAUCCGCCCACGCUCUUGGCUGCGAUUUGAGGAUUAUCAGCGACGCCAACACCUUUUCCAUUCGAACCAUUCUCCAACACCACGCCUUGUUUCACUGCUUUUCCCAGAUCCAUACAAACCCUGCUUUUCUUGACAACCAAGGACGCCUUCGUGUCACUCCAUUUCAUCAUUCUACCCACUCUCCUCACUCUUGUCCCCUCUGCCCUCCCAAUAUGUGCAAGGGUUUAGUGAUAGACCAAAUUCGAAGUUCUUUAUUGUCUGGAACUGGAAAUGAAGAAGAAAGAAGAUUCAUCUACAUUGGAGAUGGUGCAGGUGAUUAUUGCCCGACUUUGAAGCUCAAGGGCGGUGAUUUUGUCAUGCCAAGGAAGAAUUAUCCUCUCUGGAACAAGAUUCACUCUGACCCAAAACUAGUUGCUGCACAGCUUCAUGAUUGGAGCACUGGAGAGGACUUGGAAACCAUUCUACUCAACCUUAUCAACAAAAUAUCUCUUUAGAGACCUAUUCAAUUGAAUAUCAUUUCUUGCUUGGAGAGGGUUCUGUUCUGUACUCCACCCAAGGUGCAUUCUCUCACACAAUUUCUCUCCACCAGAUACCAAUUAUAGGAUUAUUCAUUGUUGGUGGAAGUCCAUUAAACAUGCAUUGUUUUGUUCCCCA